AUGGUAAUGAAUUUGCAGUAUAAGGGGUUAGAAAGGCAACUUAAUAUAAGGGUUAGGCGUGGUCGUGCCAUCUUCAACUUGCCCUCUCCCACAGAUCUCCUUCGACUUGCAAAGGAUUGGAUUUCAGCAGCCGGCGAGGAGACAGGCCUUGGAUUUUACACGGCCACCGGGGGGGAGAGCCCUGUGGAGGAGACAGACAGAGAUUUGGAAGUCAAUACGCCCCCACGAAGGGCAAAAAGAGCACCAAGAGUUGCAGCCACUCCUACUGGAAGCGGCGUCGCUCCAAAGGCAAAGAAACCCACUACGGCGUCUCUGGCGGCUUCAAUGGAACAACUCCUGGACGUGGUCCCAUCCUUAUCAACUCAGAUCCAAGAUCUUGCUCAGCGUCAUCAGGUUUUGGAGAACAGGUUGGUGGCACCAUCGAGGGCAGGGGCACUUGGACUUUCUCAGCCCCUUUCCUCUUCACUGGCCAAAAGCCAGUUUCAGCCAGCGCACUCCAGUGGGUUUGCACAGCCUCAGAACUAUCAGCCGGAGGAACUUGUGAACCUGGAGGAGGACAAGGGUCUGCCCAGCAGCCAAGAUGGAGACCUUGCCAAAGAGGUGUUAGCGCAGUCUCAGGCACUGACGGCGCUUGUCAAUGGCCCGACGUAUGCAGCCAACCUCACCAUCUUCUGGCUCACCAGAGGAAUUGUUGGCCAGGGGGAUCUCUGGUACAUGGAGCGCUUCGGGGGCUUUGGCCGCCACCGGGAUUUGGGCCUGAUCCUUUAUCAGGUCAUGGGGAUCAUGGAUUUCUUGCAGGUGGGAAACAUGGGUGCCGCUCGGGAUGCAACAGCACUCCUGGCAGUUUGCAUAGACCAAGCUGUGCUGGAUGGGGGCCGUUUCGACUUAGCAGCGCUCCUGACCUUGCAAGAAGAUCCUCCUUCAUCGAUCUUCAUCAACCGCCAGCAGAGCACCCUGGCAAGAUCCCGGGCUUUCUCUCAGUUGGCGGACCAGAGAUGGGUUACAACCGCUUUGGCUUUUGUGAAGGAGCUCGAUCUGAUCCAAACCAAGCGCUUGGAGCUCUCUGGCCAAUCAACAAGACCUCAGCCGGCCAGCGACUCGACAGCCAAGGCGAAGCCACAGCCGAAACGAAAAGGAAAGGGUGCCAACAAGGGCCAAGGAAAUGCCGCGUCUCAAGACCCGGAGGAGGAGUGA